CUCAUUUUAGAGUACCAGAUGAAAAUCUAAUGCUUGUGAGUCAAGAUUCAGUGUCAAAGCCUCAAGUGCAAGUAGAGAAAAAAAUAACUCACAAAAGGGAAAGACGCCAUACUUAUUUUGGUGCACCAGAUGAAAAUCCAGAUGUAAAUCCAGAGUCAUCAUCAAAAUUCCAAGUGAAAGUAAAGAAAGAAAUAACUUCCAAAGAGGGGAGACGCAAAACAUUUCCUCUUGAAAAGCAAAAAAAUUAUAUGAUAUCACAUGAAAACCUAUUUCCUGAGAAGAAAGUUUUAUUUUCAAGAAGCCAGUUUCAAACUAAGAAUGAAGCUACCAGAAACAUGAAUCUUGAUACCUCUAUUUCUGUAGCUGAGAAAAUGGAUGAGAAAGCAGGUAAAAAUCUUUCACCCGAAGAUAAUAAAGUUUUAAUUUCAAAAGGCUCAUCUCAAAUUAAGACUCUUGGAGCUGCCAGCAAAGCAGGAUUUAGUA